CCCAUAGUGAAUGGCCUCAACUUUCAAAGCCGAAUCGAGGUCCGGCUCACCGAAAUUGGCGAUUUUAGAAGCGUGAAAGAAAAGACGCUUCCGGUGAACCGAGACUAUGCGUUUGAAGCGCCAGAUUUGGCCGCGGGCGAAUACGAACUCACCAUUAACGCCUAUGACUUUAUAGUGCGGGCUCCAAGGUGGAGAAUUUUCGUAGACGACACAGAAACUAGAGCAUUUGUGGAUGCAAUUGCGAGCGAGUCAUAUAACAUCUCUUCUCAGCAAAUUAUUCAGCGUGAUUCCCCGUUGACUGUGCCGAUCUCGGGGUUCAAAAGCUACUACGAGAGUACCGAGGGCAGGCUCACAGAAGUACUCAUGAACAGUCCGUUCGGGUUCAUUUUCCGCAGCAAGCUCUAUUCACUGUUGUUUUUCGGCACGCUUGUGAUCAUGGCUUUCCCAUAUGUGAUUCCUUACGUGGCCCCUGACUUUGCUGAGCAGUACCAGAAAAUGCAAGCUGAAAUGAAUGCGCCUCCUCAGGAAAACAAACCAAUGGGGGAGAUUCUGAGCAAAGCAGCGCCGAAAAAUCAGGCCAUUUCGGAAAAAUAUUCGAAUUCAGGAAAACGAACUCGAAAGAGAGGGUGA